CUCGGACCUCCAGCACUAUCGACACUCGGAUACUCUAUGACAACCAGCACUUGACUACGCUUGGGCCGUAUUGUCUUAGCUAGGUCUUUAAUGACGCAGUCAGAUCCUAGCGUCAGUCCGAACACCGCUUUCAUUUGGGCUACCAUUGGGCCACCAUCCUUCGAUUCGAGCUCGCGGUCAUAUCGUGUCCCCGGGCUAGUCAAAACUAAGAGGCAGUGGCGCACUACCGACUCGAGUCUCGAACCAUGGUGCUUCCCGCAGAAAUCCACGACGAGAUCGUAGAUCAGCUCUCUGGAGAGACGGGUGCGCUCAAGGCUUGUGCGUUGACGUGUCACCAGUGGGCCAGACGUGCACAGAGCAACCUGUUCCGGACGAUCACCAUCCUCACCCACGUGGAGCAUGGUCGCGUCCUGGACAUGCUCGAGGAACAUCCCAGACUCGGACAGCUCGUACGGGUGCUCACAUUCAGUAAGCCGAAACCGGACCCCGCGUCGCUCGACGGCGCGUGGCCGGACCUGCUCCUGAUGAUGGACCGUGUGGAGGAGCUCAACAUCGGUUCGGUGGACCUAUUCACGAGAGGUUUCUUCGACAUCAACAAGGGUGUGAGGACGUAUUUCUCUCGGAUCCGGAUCCUACGCCUCCUCGGCACACACAACUUCCAGUGUAACGACUUCCUACGCCUCCUUGCAGCAUGCCGGUCGCUGUCUGAGCUACACCUAUCAGACCAGAUACAGAUCACGCCACCUCCCGAUGACGGUGCGAUGCAACGUCUGGGUAUACCGCCCGCGACGAAAUCGACUCUGCAUGGCUUAACCGUCCCCUCAGCAUCGGGCAGCGUCACCUCUUGUCUGCUGUACCACUUCCCAUUGCACAUGUCUUUGCGCAGACUACAGCCGAUAGUUAACGACGUGGCACCCUCCUGCAGCAACAACGACUCGGACAUCCUCCGGGUGGCUGCGCCCGUGCUCGAGGAGCUGGUUCUGCGCCUGACGUUCCACGGGCCGCUGUACGUCAUCCUGCAGUCACCCGUGCCGUUCCUGCAGCUCCGGCGUCUACACCUGAAGGACGCGGGGCUCGAGGCCAAGUUCGUCGCGUACGAAUACCCUACGUGGAUGUUGACAGCCUUGACACACAUCUCGCGGUGGGAGAUGCGCGCCAACCUCCGCGAGAUCGUGCUCAGUCUGCCCAUGCCGGGAACUAGUGUUGGACCGUUCGUGCGGAGGGACCGCGACGUAGAGCCACCGGCUUUAUCCUUCCCGUUCCCGUGGGUGCAACUCGACAUCACGAUGGCCAAGCUGGCGCAGGACAACGAGAAGCUGGCGUUCACCGUGAAUAUCCGCGACCCGUCGUGCAAGAAAACGCAGGCCGUGCCUUUGACGGACCCGUCCUUUGGGCGAUACAGGCUGCGGGAGUCUCGGAUGCAGGAAGUACGCCCGCAGGCGUUGACGGUAUUGGUGGGACCUCAUUGGAAUGCACUUCGGAGCUUCGGAGGCGAACUCAGCGACAGGCCAUUUGCGUUCUAGAGCAGGUUCGUAUAGGGCAUUCAGUACGCUAUGUCGUGGAGUGUGUCCAGAUCAGGGAACUAGAGUCGUUCGGUCCGUUCUGGUACUUACCACAAGUCUACAUUGAAUGUUGCAACCCCAACGGCU